AUGCAGCUCUUUACUGACACGCAGACGCAUUUUGCGGCCGUAUCUGAUGACGGUCGUCUCAAGAUCUGGAAUAUAGCAAGCAGUUCGCUGCAGCAGGAGCUUAAAGAACGUGAUCAUCUCAGUUACCGCUUUACGUGUUUGACAUGGAUACAAAGUGGUAGUAAAAACAAGAGCAAGAAGCGUAGCAAUGCCAAUGAUUUGGGAUUGCUAGCUUUAGGUACUAGCAAUGGUUCUAUCAUUGUGUGGGAUCUGGCGAUUGGUGAGAUAAAACACACGUUACAAACAGAUGCUAGCCAUGGUGCUGACGCUGUGCAGGCACUGGCAUUUAAUCCACAAGGCAGUAUGUUGUAUUCUAGCUCUAGUGACAAGUAUGUGCUUGAGUGGAGUAUUAGUAGUGGUCAAGUGGAGCGCAAGUUUCGCUGUGGUUCAGGCGGUGCAUCGGCUCUUGCAGUCUCAGCAGAUGGUGAGAUACUCGCGACCGGAGGCACUGCAUUGCGAACGUUUGACUUGGCAUCCGAGGCGUCUAGAUUCCUGUAUGCGGCGACGGCUGGUGCGCGUUUUGUCAACAUGUACGACUUGGCGCUGACGGAGCAUGAUGCACCAGCGCUAACGUUCAGUCUUUCGAGUAGCGUGAAUGGCCUGUUCGCUCGCGCCUCUGUUGGUGAGAUUGUGACGACUAAAAAGAGCAAGAAAGGCAAGAAGCACAAGAAGGAGAAAAACGAGACAGUCAAGUCUGUCGUAAACUUGCUAGUGGGAGCAACGGCGCCCGCGGGGGCGAUGUUUCUGUGGGCCCACAAGUAUCAGCAGGUGGACGACGUAUCUGAGCUGGCAUUAGCCUCGAAACCGCUCCCACCAACGCUGUCGACGGCUGAGAGUGCCGGUAUUCUGCUGGCAGAACUGAGCAUACAGGAGAACAAGGACCAGAUAACAGAGGUUCUGGUUGCGCGCGGAUCGCUCGUCAAGCCUGUGUUUGAAAAGGUAUCUCUUGUAGAGGAAAAUGCUCCAAGUCAGUGGAAGAAAGAGCUAGAGUUCGCAGAAAUCAGCGACGCUUUGCUGCUUUCGGCUGAACGUGCUGAAGCAGCUACCAACAAUUGCAGCAAACGAGCAAAGGUCGAGGAUGCUGUUAACGACAAGAAGACCCACGUGCCAACGCUGAGCGAGCGUCGUGCUCUCGUCAACUCCAUGACUGUUGUGGACGAGACUGCUGGCUUUGAGGAGCUUAACGGCGAGGCUGAUGAUGAAGAAAACGAAUUGACGCUGGCUGAGCGAGUGGAAGCCCUGCGUGAGCGUGUCGAGGGUGACGUGACUACUGCUCUUAGCCGUGCGGAGCGUGAGGCGGAGAUCCCAGAGGACAAGGGAAGAGAAAACAAACCAGAUGCCUCUUCACUUGCUAGUGUGCUAGAACAGGCUCUACAAGCGCGCGACAAUGCUCUUCUUGAGUAUUGCCUGCGCCUGCGCGACGCCAAAAUUGUCGGGCGUACAGUUGCUCGUGUGUCGGCAUCCCGCGUGUUGUCUCUGCUGGAAGUGAUUGUCCGCAAACUUGAAAGGUCUCCAACUCGCUUUUCGCGCCUUUGUCCCUGGCUACGUGCCGUCCUGCUGCACCACACGGCAUACUUGGUGUCUCAGCCUGAUCUUGUAUCUGGUCUAUCGGCUCUUUACCAGCUGUUGGAAACAAGGUUGCAGGUGCACGAGCAGAUGCAAAAGCUUUCUGGCCGAUUGGCACUUGUGCUGGGCCAGAUUCAUGUCAACACAAGCGCGAACAAUGAUCAAGAAGAUGAUGAAAACCGUGCUGUUGUAGUUUACAAUGAGGGUGAAGAGGCGAUAAGUGAAGAUGUUAAGGGCAAUACGAGCAGCAGUCAAGAGGAAGAGGAUGAAGAUGAAAGUGCGAAUGACGACGUAGAGGCUGAGGACGAGUGA